AUGGAAGCCAGCAGCGAGCAGCAGAAAAAGUCGGAAAAUUCAUCAUCGUCUUCUUCUUCAAAGCUCCUGCUCUACUCCUACUGGCAGAGCUCCUGCUCUUGGCGCGUCCGCUUCGCUCUAAGUCUUAAAGGACUUCCGUACGAGUACAAACCAGUGAACAUAACAAAAGGAGAGCAGUUCAGUCCAGACUUUAAGCGUUUGAAUCCUCUUCAUUUUGUUCCGGUGUUGGUUGAUGGUGACGUAGUGGUUUCAGACUCCUACGCAAUAUUACUGUAUCUGGAGGACAAGUAUCCACAGAGACUGUUGUUGCCUGCUGACCCUCGGCUAAAAGCUCUUAAUCUCCAGGCUGCAAGCGUUAUCAACUCUAAUAUACAGCCUCUUCACAUGUUGUCGGUGCUGAAACAUCUUGAGGAAAAGGUUGGUCCUGAAGAGUCACUAUCAUUUGCUAAGUUGAAUAUAGAAAAAGGCUUACUCACUCUUGAGAUGUUGCUGAAGGAUUUUGCUAGCAGAUAUGCCACAGGAGAUGAAGUGUAUAUGGCAGAUGUGUUCUUAGCUCCACAGAUUGUUGUAUCUACUUCGAGGUUUAACAUUAACAUGUCCAAAUUCCCCACUUUAAAUAGGCUGUAUGAAUCCUACAAGAUUUUACCAGAGUUUGAAGCUUCGUCACCAGAAAGGCAACCUGAUGCGGUGCAUUAA